GAAGGAUGGCCUUUUCAUAAGAGAGAAUUAGAGUCAGGACUCCCUUUUAUUUUAUGUGGUCUGGAUUGUGAGAUGUCAGCAUCUUCCUCAUGCUUUGGAACUCGGUAUGAUGAGAGGGAGGGAGGGGCAAGGAACCAAGGGAGGACCAAAUGAGUUUAAGAGAAGAUUUUGGUCUACCAACUGGUGGUUAGAAGAUUGAACACCGUAACAAUUCCAGCACCAACUCCCAAGAGUGAAGGCGAUAGGAAGGUGCUUCAGACUUGGCUAAGAAGAGAGGUAAAAGAAGAGAGAGAGAGAGAGAGAGAGAGAGAGAGAGAAGCCAUUGUCAUGGCUUUUUGAAGCUCAGGGACUGUUAUUCUCACGUGAAAGUUAGAAUGUUGGGGUCUGAUGAUGAUAAAAUCUAAUGAGAUAGAGAGGAAGAGGAAGAGAGAGAGAGGGAGGGAGAGAGAAGGGAAAGCAAUUUAAAAAGGAGUCAUUAGUGGACGUAUUAUAUUAUUCUGGGUGCUGGUAUUGGUGCUGAGGUAAGUAUUGUUAUAUAGGAGGAGGAGCAAAGGAAGGAAAAGAAUUAGAAAGGGGGCUGGGUGGUGAUUUGAAUCCUUGGGAUCGGUUUGUCUCCGUAUUGGGAGGAUUUCCCACGGCGGAUCGGCUGCGAAUUCGUGCUUUCCUGCUCCCCAUAGGGUGCACAGCAGCCCUUCUCCCGCGGCUCUCGCUCAAGUUGGUCGCGAGCUUGCUUCUUUCAUGGCUGAAGAGGUGGAACAACUAUGAGCUGCUUGCUGCUGAUUGCUCUUCCGAUCAUUGUAUAAAGAGGACUCGAGCUUUCUGUAUUCUGAAAAUUGAUGCAAUUGGGAGCCUUCCUGACUCCUCAUGACAGGCAGCUAGCCUACUGCUGUACCCAAUAUUGUAAUGAUUUAUUGUUCAACUCUUGCUAUUUCUGAAGAUCUCGAACUGCUUGAAAUCAAGGGAGAGGGAAAUGGCUACUUUCUAUACCAGCUCUACCAAUCAAAGAGAUGCCAUGCCGAACCUGUGUCUAAGGGAUCCAGUCCAUAUUCAGAUGCUUUGGCAGGCGAUACUCAAUCACAGCAGAACUCUGUCGAGCUCCCUGUUCCCACUGCUAUGAUUUCACAAGGCUCAUCUGUGGAAGGUCCUCACAUGGUGUCUUCUCAUCUUGACAAAAAUGUUUACAAUGCUUGGAGGGAUGGGAGAAUUGAGAUGCCAUUCAUGCAAACAAUUGGCGGGUCAAUGAAUGGUCCAGGAAAUCUUGUUCGCAGUUCUGUUAGUGAUGAAUGCCACAUGGGUCUGCAGACCCAGUUGGGCACCUUAAAUGGACAGAACUUGUCUUUGCAGCAGUCAAAUGUUUCCACCAUGCAAAACCAUGGACUGUCACUUAGCCUUGGCACACAAAUUCUGGUUCCUUCAUUUCAGUGCCGGCCUGCUAGCUCAGACAUAUUUUUCUUUGGGCCACAUCAGUCAAAUUUAGGAAAUGGCAGUUCAUGUAGAGAUGAUGACUCUAGAAACAACAAUAUGCAUGCUAACCUUUCUCCUUAUGGAGUUUCAAGUCUUACAAGUUCCAUUCCAAAUUCUAAGUAUCUCAAGGCAGCACAAGAGUUACUUGAUGAAGUUGUUAAUGCCCGGAAGACUUUGAAGCACAAGGCAGAUAAAAGCCAAAGUGUCCAUUCUUCUGCUGGUACGACUGGUUGUAAGGAUACCGAUGGGGUAUCAAAGAGUAAAGGGAUGCCUUCAAACCCUCAAGAGUCCACUGCCAACUCUUCUAGUGAGCUCUCACCCUCCGAAAGACAGGACCUUCAGAACAAGGUCAUGAAACUGUUGGCUAUGUUGGAUGAGGUCGAUGGAAGAUAUAAACAAUAUUACCAUCAAAUGCAGAUUGUAGUGUCAUCAUUUGAUGUAAUUGCGGGUUCUGGAGCUGCUAAACCUUAUACUGCACUCGCCCUUCAGACGAUCUCUCAGCACUUCCGCUGCCUCAGAGAUGCCAUCAGUGGUCAGAUUCAAGCUACACGGAAAACCCUUGGAGAACAAGACAGUUCAAUUAGCCAGGGAGGUGGAAUUGCUCGCCUACGUUAUAUAGACCAGCAGCUAAGGCAACAGAGGGCCAUGCAGCAGUUUGGUAUGAUGCAACAGCAUUCUUGGAGGCCACAGCGGGGGUUACCUGAGUCGUCUGUAUCAAUCCUUCGUGCUUGGCUGUUUGAGCACUUCCUUCAUCCUUACCCAAAGGAUUCUGAGAAGCUGAUGCUUGCAAGACAGACAGGCUUGACAAGGAGUCAGGUUUCAAACUGGUUCAUUAAUGCACGAGUUCGGCUUUGGAAGCCGAUGAUUGAGGACAUGUACAAAGAAGAGUUUGGUGACCCUGAGAUUGACUCAAACUCUUCAUCAGAGAAUGGGCCCAAAUGUAAGGAUGAGAUCCGAUCCUCGGAGGACCGGGAGGACUUACAAAACUUUUCAGCAGAAAGGAGUCAGACAAACCAAGUUAAUGACUCAAAGUCCAAAGCCAUCCACACCAUGGAUACAGAUGGGGCUUCUGCUUGCUUCCAGCAUGAAACAAAUUCUAAUGAUGCUUAUAUGAAUCUUAAGUUGAAUGAGCAAAGACCAACCAGCGAUGACUGUAGCAUUCUGCAAGACACACUUACCCACUCGGAUGGGAGUGGGAGGUAUAUGGCUUAUCAGAUGGCUGAGGUGGGUCGGUAUGGGAACAGCGGGUUCUCACUGACAUUGGGCCUACAACACUGCGAUGGAAGCCUUCCUAUAUCAAACGGUCAGCACAGCUUUCUUGCAGCGAGGGGGGAAGACAUUUAUGGUGCAGCUGCUCCAAUUGGAGCUGACACAGCUGAUUACGAGUUCAUGAAUAUGGAGGAUCGGCGGCACAGAUUCGGGUCCUCAAAUCUACAGAAUGAUUUUGUUGCUUGAAGUGCCAAUUGUGACAGUGGCGGCUGUUCAAAUUUAUGAUGUUGGAAUAACAGCAUGAAGCUGCCAUUCGAUACCGCUCGUAAUUGUUAUAGAAGAAAGAGCCAUGAAGUUGCCGUUCGAUACGGCUUGCAAUUGUUAUAGAAGAAAGAACUUUAGGUUGAUAUACGCUGUAAUAUAAGUGUGAGAUAAAGUGAGCUGGUGGAAUAUACAGGGUAGCAUGUUGUAAAGAUAGAAGCAUAAUUUUGUGUAAUCUGUGAAAGAAGAAAACAUGUAACACUAUUAUUUGUGUAUCAACCUUUUGUAUAAUGUUGGAAUGGCUUUAGCCCCAGUGUGAUAAUAAAAUUUCAAGAGCCCGUGUGAUGGCUUUAGGUCCCUCA